AUAUGUACUAGGGGGCUGGUUGGGAUAGGACACCUCUUUAUUCCAGCUGGUGACUCCUGCUUGUUUUCAAAGCACCUCCUAGAUAGAUCACCCAAUGGUCUACAAUUUUUUUUUUUGAAUUUUGAGCACAAGGAGCAUAAUAUGGUUCUAUUGGAUCAGCUUUGCAGAGUAACCAAUAUAAUGCUUCACUCACACAAUGAUACAUAAACUUUGCUCCUCGGAUUGUAAUCCAAUCUCCCAGUCAAUGAUAAAUGGAUGGCCAAAUGAGAUUUCGGAUGGCAUCCUUACCUGCGGAUGGAUAAAAAUUGUGCUUUUAUAUUUAGAUAGUGAUGCUUUCGUUGUGGAUAGUUUGUUGUAAAAACAGCCUAUUUGUGAAGAUCACACGAUAGCCUUUCAUAGUUUAAUUGAUUAUUUCUUUAUUAACUGAACGUCUUUUCUUCUUGAUUAUAAAGAAGGAAAAGGAAGGUUUAUUCCCUCUGUUCAGUAAACUUCAUGGUAUAUAAUGUUGUGCAGCAACAUAGUCUUGUAAGUGUGAACAUAAUUUAUGUUGUGCUUAAUUAUUCUUUCGGCCAUAGUAAACGAAUACUAAAUAAUAUUAUUUUUCCAAUUUGAAAUUUAAUUGAAUUGAUUAGGCUAUGAGCGUAUAAUAUGUUAACUCCUGAUUAGUUAGUUGCAUAACCAUUAUUCGCUUCAUUGUGUUACCCUUCUCUCUGACAAGUGCAAACUAUUUUCACAAUUCUGGUCUGCUCAUAUCUUUUUUGGAUGAAAAUUAACAUGAUUUUCACUAGAGCAUUCUUGAUAGGAAUGCUCAUGGAUUAAUUUAUUACCGUGUUUGUAAAAAUAGUGGGGAUCUAAAUCUCCAUUGCCUGUUAAAUAUUAUUAUUGUAAAGAGUACGUUUCAAGUGAAUUCUCUGUCGUGUGGCGAACUUGGAUCAUGGUUGUUUACAUAAAUAUUAAUUAACGCAGUAUGAUCAGUGUGUUUAUUAGAAGUAAUUUCAGUGUGCUAAACUAGUAAAAAAAAAAUACCAGCGAACUAUGAGAGUAACUUAGCCAACUUUAACUCGUCAUCUAUGUUGUUUAUGCAAUCAACAAGGCAGUGAUAAUUUUCAGCCGGACAAUGUUGUAGAACUACUGAUUAGAACUGAUUGUGAAUAUUGUCUCAAUAGCAUUCUGAGACGGAUGACUGAAUUUACUUAACCCUAUCACACGAUUGGUAGUCUAAAAAAUGGUUGCAAUAGCACAAAGUCUUGGAAAAAGGUGAUUCGGUUAGUCCAGAUAGUUUAUACAAAGUCCUUUGCACACAAAACAAAACAGUUAUAAUGCAUUUAGUUGUUGCGGUGUAUAUUAGUUUGCAAUGCAGACAAUUUACAGAACACACAUUGGAAUGUAUCUUAUGCAAACCAUUGGCUAGGUCCUAUUCACUUAGUUUAUUUUGAGCAUUGAGUUAGCUAAAAGAAUCCCAGAACUGGAAGCAGCGCAAUGAAUUCAUAUUCGACGGCGCCCAGCCCCUUGUCCCUGUCCUAGUCUCCAGGAUCAAGGAUGAAGCUGUGCAAUGGGCACGCGCUGGUGCUCGUGGCUUGCGAGACAUCCUACCCACCACCUGGGAUGUACACUAGAUUUUACUGCUUUUGCAUGAUCUUGGCCUCUUAGGAGGAUUGUAAAAAACUUCUAUCUUUUCAAUGCAAUGAAACGCAAAAGUCUUUUGCGUUUUCUCGAAAAAGAAUCCCAGAACUUAUGUUCUGAUAGUGCUUACCAUCACAUUAAACACGUUUAAACUCAACCUAUACGAUGACAAUGAAACCCAAUAGUAAUGAAGCUUAUGUGAGCAGCACUAGAGUAGCUUUUGAUCUCUUUACUUUCGGUUUAUGAUUUGUCAUUUGUUUUGCAGCACGUGUGACUUUUUAUUGAAAAUCUGUCAUGUAUUGCUAGCUGACUUUUGAGGACCAUUUCUACUAUUUUGGUUACAUUGAUUUAAUUCCCGACAGCUCGCUUCACCAACAGCUCGCUUUGCGGCCUUCUUCGCCAUCUUGUACUUCUCUAUGUUGUCUGCACUCCUAUCCAGGUAGAAAGCACAAAGUGUGAAAGGGCUAAUGGAAGCAUAAAUCAUGCAGAAUCAGAUAUGGUGAUAAGAUCUUAUUGCUUUGCAUCAGGAAGUAAGAAUACAACAACUUCUCGGUCUCAUCUAUAUGAUAUAGGGGUGAGCAUUGCCGGUGUCAUCUCAUUUCAUCAGCUGCGGAAUUAAUGGGUUCAAAUAGGCUGCCCUUUGGAUUCAUUUCGGGAGGAUAUAGCUGCAGUGAGCAAUAUGAUUGGCAGCAGUUAACCCUUCGUCAAAGAGAACAAGCAACAAGGGAGCAACCCCAUAGCAGUGCAAACUUGAGGUACCCUGUGCAUAUACCCAACAGGACUGAGAGGACUAGUCCAUCCUUUGAUUGUGUUUGUGAUUAUGCAAAAGGGGCUGAUGGACAUAUUCAUGAUAUGGUAACCCUUGGCAAGGUUUGUCAGUUUAACGGGGGAAGUAGCACUCAGAAUGGACCUUAUCAAGCGGACCAAUAUCUGCCAUCUUACUUUCCAGUUGACCAUUUUUCUGAGAUAGAUGAAGCACGGCAUCGGGCUUACAUGGACAGUUUCUACACUGACAAUAAUCCUUAUCACACCUCAGCUAGUCGGUUGCGUCAUAGGGAUGAACAAAGGAAAGCUUACACCAAGAAGCCAUUUAAGAAAUUGCACACUAUAAAAAAUUCAAAAAAACUGCGCACUAUCCAUCCUAGGCAACUUGAGCUUUCACUCCGUGAGGAUUUUGAUGAUAGGUUGGGCAUUAGAAAUUGCAGGAAUGCUUAUCAUGGCAAGAGGUCAAAAACAAAACCGGCAAGGUGGAGUUCUCAGAAAAACAAUUCCAGUGUGCCUUGUGUUGGUAAACAUGGUAGAAGCAGCCGGCAGACAAGAUCUGGAGAACAACCGUUUGAACAGGAAGCUGAGAACAGUAGAUACAAAAGGUAUGGAGGUCAGCUGGCCGGAGAGAAAGCUAAGAAGCGUAUGAUUUAUGAGGGGCACCCUAAAGGAUUAUGUUCACUUCGUGAGCAGGAUGAGCAUCCGCAUCAUGAGGUACAUCGUAGUGGUUCUGAUACGAUGAGAAAUGACAAUUGGGAGAAAAAUGCUAAAACAAACGAUGAAGUAGAUCAUAAUGGAGCAGAAGGGAACUGCUAUCUAAUGAAGAAUAUUCGGACUGCUGCUGCUACAUGCUGUGGCUCAACAAAGUCUAAUGAAAACUCACAUGUGUUAUGUCCCAAGUACAGCAGCAAAACCAUUGCUUCAUCAAAUGAGCCAAAAGGGAGUAGCAACAUGAAAUUAGUAUCUGACAAGCAGCCAAGUGUCGUUGGUUGUACCAAAAGACCUCGAAACACAAGAACUGGAGACGUUUCGACACGUAACCUGCAGAAUCUCUCAGUCACUCAUAUGGAGAAGGGCGUGCAUACAAAGCAAGCUGAUAAUACUUCUCAUUCUGAAUUACUUCGUGAAUGUCUAGAUAUUUGGAGAAGAAGAAGAUUAAGGAAGGAAAGUAGUGCUGAAGCUAAAAAACUAGAUCAAACAAGUACUGCGAGGCAUGAAUGGUCUGCUUCUUCUUGUAGCUCAGAAAGUGAUGAUGAAAAUGUCAAUGCAUCUGAGAGUGCUUCUGGGAACUCAGAAAGUGCGGCUGAAAAUGAUACUGAAUUGGAGAAUUCCCAAAAAUGUAGAGGUGCAACGCCGCUUGAUGGAGUACAAAACUGUGGUGAGGGAAGAGCAAUGAUAAAUACAGAGCAGCCCUUCAGAUGCCUCCGUGGUACAAACUACAACAAAAGCUCAGCCAAGCAAGGGCUGAAGUGCAAUCUGGAGGUUUCGCAAGAACCACAUCCAGGUGAAAUCAUGCAGCAAAAGGAAGAGAAUAAACUUCCAUGCUGUCUACCAUCAACUGUUCAUCCAAAUGGCAUGAUACAAACUAGUCAGAACAGUUGUUCUGAUACUAGCAAGAAACAAACUAGACGGAACAACUGGGCAGAUAUUAGUAAGUUAGAUCAAGCAGCUACUUAUCCUGAUAGUAGUGUGUAUCAGAAUGUUUCUCAGCACGAGACUGGCAAUCAUUUGGAUGAUGGGAGAAAAUAUAAAAUGGGCAUCGGCUGUCAAAUUAAAAGGAAAGCAGCACAAGGCGAUGGUGCCAAAUGGUUUGAACAAAUGCCCAGUUUGAUAACAGGUCCAACACUGCUGGAUCAAAAAAGUCUUGCAGUUUGCUCUCCUGAUGAUGGUAAUGUGAAGGUCUGUGGGUCAGAGUGUUCCAAUCAGUGCAGUAAAACUACUUUAGAAUUGGAGAAAGGAAAGAAGUCUGUCAAUUGCUCCAGUGGAACUGACUGCAGAGUCAUAAAAAUUUGUUCCAGUGGAGGUGAUUGCAGAGACAUCCAACAAGAUACCAUGAAUUGCAGAAGAAAGAGGCAAGUGUCUUUAUCUCUGGCAGACUCUGAAAAGGAUAAAGGAACAAAGGAAGAUUAUCAGCCACCUGGAGUUCUUGAAGUGACAUCAAAUCGACAGAUUUCCUGCCUAUCUGAUGUUGGCAUAAAAAUACCUGAUGUUGCUAGACCAGCUGAUUGCACCCCACGUUUUACAAUACCAGACUUAAAUUGUUUGCCUAGUAUGAUCGCAGAUGAAGAAGAAUUCGAGGAAUCUCAAGAAGUGAUUAAUCAAGUAACUGGGCAUGGUUCGGAACCACAUGAUGCUUGUCCGAGCCUUUCUGCCUUUAGUGGGCCUGCUGUGCAGGAAGAACAGUUUAAGCAACCAGAGAAGAAUGAAUUUGUCGGAGGAAUUUGCGCAAGAACGGUUGCAAAAGGUUCACGGAUCUCUGAUUCACAUAGUGCAAAGGGAGCGGUUAAUCAGGCAACUGGGCAGGAUACUAGUCAGAGCUUUUCCGCCUUUAGUGGGCCUGCUGUGCAGGAAGAACAGUUUAAGCAACCAGAGAAGAAUGAAUUUGUCGGAGGAAUUUGCGCAAGAACGGUUGCAAAUGGUUCACGGAUCUCUGAUUCACAUAGUGCAAAGGGAGCGGUUAAUCAGGCAACUGGGCAGGAUACUAGUCAGAGCAUUUCAGCCUUUAGUGGGACUGCUGUGCCGGAAAAACAGUUUAAGCAACCAGAGAAGAAUGAAUUUGACGGAGGAAGUUGCACAAGAACGGUUGCAAAUGGGUCACGGAUCUCUGAUUCACAUAGUGCAAAGGAAGCGAUUAAUCAGGCAACUGGGGAGGAUACAAGUCAGUGCUUUUCAGCCUUUAGUGGGACUGCUGUGCAGGAAAAACAGUUUAAACAAUCUGAAAAGAAUGAAUUUAGUGGAGGAAUUUACGAAAGUGAGAUUGCAAAUGGUUCGCGGAUCUGUGAUUCACAUAGUGGGCCACCAAAACUAAGUACUGAUGAAGAAAGUAUCACAGCAUUCAAAUGUGCCCUCGGCGAAUUCAUAAAAAAUAUCUUAAGGCCUCUGUGGGAAGAAGGCCUCUUAUCUCGUGAGGUCCACAAAAUUAUAGCGAGGAAAGCCGUGGAUAAAGUGGCCUUGACAUUGGGCCCAAAGGUGCCUCGUACAGAAGCAGCCAUCUUUAGGUUUUUUGCAGAGGAAUCUCAGAGCGUAGAACAACUCGUUCAGGGUUACUUGGAUAUAUACCUGGGAAAGCAAGUUCUUAAGAGAACUAUGCCUGGUAGUAUCUGACCAAUCACGGGAAACCCCAUGCAGGUUAUAACAAGUAGGCGUAAACUUUGCGCUAAAAGGAAGAUCUGUUCGAGUCAACGGAUGCCCACGAUGAGCCACUUUUACUUGUGAAGCACUUGUCUAAGUUAAAACAGGUCUGAUCUAAUAGAACACAAAUGGCUUAUACAGGGCGAUGCAGCCAAAUUUUGGUUUGUAGCGUGCAUUUCCAUUAUCUAGGUCUGUCUUCUCACAGUGUGCAAAUGUCGCGAAGAUGUCGAUGUACCGGCAUUUGGUUUUGUAACCUGCGCUUUCGCUUUGCUUAGAAUUACCCAUUAUUUGUUUAUUUAUUAUAUAGGAAAACACAGAAUCAUUACUACUGUAUUAUGUUCAGCUAGGCUCGGGGUGCAGGCCGGUAAUGAGACCCGGAUAAAACAGCACAACGCAACCCCUCCGCUAAAAUUGGCUAACAAAUGAGCUUGCCGUUA